AUGAUUGUAACGUUAUGCAUCAACGAUUUGAUCUUCACUUUGUUUGUUUCCAUUGGCCUUCAGCAGGUGGAGUAUGUGGAUGGGUAUGCGAUUUUGUUCACAUACACGCCGCUGAGACACUUGGGGAUAAAUGCGAUGCAUACGAUUUGUUUCUUCCAUUUGGUUGUGUUGACGUUGGCAUCAACUACCAUCUUAUUGAUUUUUCAUUUCAGAUAUCAAAUGGUUUGCAAGUAAGUGGGGUAAAUAAUUAGAAACACUGUGUUAUACAUUAUACGUCAGUUUAACCUUUGAAAACUCCCAAGAAUGCUGCUGAUUUGGCUUGAGUGGCCAGAGAUCAACAAGAAAUGCAAUAUGGGCAGAUUUUGAAUCAUGAAAAACAUGUUGAUGACAAAUCUGAGCCCUCAAAUAUUCAUUAAUCUUUUUUCUCUCAUCUGUAAUAUAACAAUUCACGAAACUGCGAGGAUUUACAUUAUAACAAGCAACCGCCCCCAAAAAUGCAAAAAUGAUGACUUAACACUAUUCUCAUCUUUAACCUUUUUCUUUUAGUCAUCACAUCAUGUCGCCUUUUGAAAUCUAUCGAUUCAUGUUCCUUGCCACAUUAUGGGCGGUCUGGGACUCCUCGCUGGCUCUCUACGCGGGCCACACCACCAAGGCAGAAAAUCCGGGCAUCGAGCUUACUCUAUUCGCAAAUCACCCGGACUGGUGGGAGAAUGGAUUGCCUCUGGAUCUGCCGAUCAUUCACAGGGUAAUCGUUGGAGCACAGAGUCGCUCGUGA